AUGGAAAUCCCACAACCCCUCCAAGCUCCAGGCCCCAUCAAACCGAUAACCUGCGUGGAAAUGCACACAGCAGGCGAACCAACACGAAUAAUCUGGAACGGCAUACCACCUCUAACAGGUACACUUCUCGAGCAACGCGCGCAAGCAAAAUCCAAGUUUGACGAAUUCCGCCGCGUUCUCAUGCUCGAACCGCGCGGUCACUAUGACAUGUACGGUGCGAUCUUACGCCCAGAGACUGAGCUUGUCGCCUCCGGAAAAGCACAUAUAGGCGUUUUGUUUAUGCACAAUGAAGGGUUCUCGACUAUGUGCGGACAUGCGACCAUCGCACUGGGCCGGUUCCUUGUCGACGUCGACGAGAAGGUAUUUCCUCGUCGGAAGGAAUUGAAAUAUGAUUCUAAGUCCCGGACAACAACUCUUAAUCUGCAUGUGCCCUGUGGUGUGGUUGAGGUGACUGUUCCCACAUUGGGAUCUGGGAAGUCGGAUGCGUCAAGGCCUGUUUCGUUUGUAUCUGUACCGUCAUUUGCUACAGCUAUCUCCUUACAGAUUCCUCUUCCUGAGAAGUAUCGCUGGGCCGAGCUUCACGGAAAAACUGCUGUUACGGCAGAUUUUGCUUAUGGGGGUGCGUACUAUUGUAUGAUUAGUGCCGAAGAAUUGGGAUUCCUUAGUGGUCUUGGUGAGAUCAGGUUGCAGGAUAUGGAUCAUGCGACAAAAUUGCUCAAGGAGGCGGUGGUCAGCAAUCCAGAUUUACAGUAUCUCACUCAAGAUACUCGAACUGCGGAGGAUGGGUUCCUGUACGGGAUUAUGAUCACAGAUACGCGAUUGGGACAUGUUAGUGCAGCGGAGGGGACGGCGGCUGCUCGUGUGCAAUUGGAUGCUGGUAGUGAGGAGACGGGAUUAUGUUUCUUUGCGAACCAGCAGAUUGACCGGUCUCCCACUGGAAGCUGUGUUGCUGCGAGGGUGGCCCUUGCGCAUGCCAAAGGGACUUUGUCUGUGGGCGAGAAAAGGAUCUACAACUCUCUGGUGACUCGUGCAUAUAGAGGUCUUUCUGGAUUCGCUGGGUCUGUCUUUGAUGAUGCUGGCUCAAGUGGAGGAGAUCAACGGAGUGUUCGAGUCUGUGUCGAAGGGUAUGCGUAUUAUACCGGAUAUCAUUCAUUUGUGGUAGAGAAGGAGGAUGGUCUUGGGGUAGAUGGAUUCUCUAUGAGGGACAUUGCUUUGUAG